GAGAAAGCCCUCCGUGACGCAGGAGGAGACGCGCUGAGAGGGACCGAGCCUCUGACCCCAUUCCGUCGGACUCAGGGAAGCCACGACCCGCAAUCUGAGCUUUUCCAGAGGUGAUGUUUGAGGAAGAGGCGAUGCACGAGGACUCCAGCUCUCCAGAGUCUCCGGUGGACAGUCUGGGAAACAGCGAGGAGGAGCUCGACAGGCGACAACCGAAGCGCGUCAGCAGGAAAAAACGCGCCAGCCGCAAAAACGCCGAGGAUUCCGACAGUCCCACGCCCGGGAAGAGGAGCAAGAAGUGCAGCAACAGCAGCAGCAGCCCGCAGUCUCUGGAGGACCUGCAGACGCAGCGCGUCAUGGCGAACGUGCGCGAGCGUCAGAGGACUCAGUCUCUGAACGAGGCGUUCGCCUCCCUGCGCAAAAUCAUCCCCACCUUACCCUCGGACAAACUCAGCAAAAUACAGACGCUCAAACUCGCGGCCCGGUACAUUGACUUCCUCUGUCAGGUCCUGCAGAGCGAUGAGCUGGACUCCAAGAUGUCCAGCUGCAGUUAUGUGGCGCACGAGAGACUCAGCUACGCGUUUUCUGUGUGGAGAAUGGAGGGCGCGUGGUCCAUGUCAACAUCCCACUAACGCACGGAUGCACGCGUUUGAUGCAGCAUGAUUCUCGGCCUGAGGAGCUGAACUCACUGGAAGGAGCGGCUCAAAACAAGGGCGAAAAUAAGGAUUAUAAAGGGAAAAUUCUGGAGCGUCAUGACGUCGUUGCAAGCACUUACAGUUGUGAACUACGACAUGGGAGCAGGAAUUACAGUCAGAUCUGUGCUGUUGUGACGGUGAAUGUGGAAAACAUGUGCUUCCGUCCACAAAACAGAGACUCGCUGCAGGAAAAGACGCUCCUGCGCUUCUGACAGCAACAACCAGCAUGGCGUCAUAUUUUUUUCUCUGAAGGAAAACACACACACUCAACGAAUGAAGGAAAUCGGCUCAUAUCAGUGUUAACAUUUUCUUUGAUCGGUCUAAGAAAAUACUUUUAUUUAUUUAUUGAUGAUUGUCACAAUGCAGAAUAGAUCUGGUGUCUACAUGCAUUUUCUAUUUUAAAUAUGAUGUAAAUAUCUGUAUAUUUUCUGCAAUAAAAACAUGAUUUGAAAU